AUGUCAACCAACUCUUUGCGACAGUGGCUGAAGCUGGUGCGAAGAGAAGCUAAACAGCUACGCCAAACGCUGGAUGACGAGUUACAAACUGUUUUAGAGAGAAACAUACCCAGACCUCGCAAGUCAUUGGUAAGAGUUCCGGUUUCAGUAAAACCCGGCAUAUCGCUCAAAAAUAGCAAUCGUUUCAUUCACACAUCGUCUCAGGAGUAUGCUAGAGACCUUCAAACCGCAAAUCGUGCUCUCGGUAACUCUGCACCCAGAUUUGCAUCCGCUGGUAAGAGGACAGUUCUAGGAGGAUUUAACGGGGCGUACCGGGCUCCUAAAGGAGUACCUCGUGGUCUGUUCACCAACUGGAACAUGACUACGACCCGCUUCACAUCCGGAAGGGCUUACUCGACUUCUGCGAUCAAGAUCACACAUGAUGCGGUUCAAAAUAUAGCGAUCUCGUUGCGGUGCUUCUACAACUUGUGGGAUGAUAUCGUUCCAAGCAAAAAGGGCAGUACUAAAAAUGGUCUUCCACUUCGUACUUCCAAUGUGGGUAACAAGCAGUUAGGCGCUAAAGAUGUCUCUGCGCUCCGCACCAUGGAAGUAUGUCGUAUGAUCGAAACCCACAAGCAAGAGCUUGCCUUGGGUGAAGUAAGCGAAAGUGAAACAAUGGGAUGUUUUGUGGAGUUCAAAAUGCCUCGCCUCGACAUGUCGAACAUGCCCACUGUGGUUUUCGCUAGCGACGAAGCUUUGAACAAAUGGCGCGAUGAGCUAGCGGCGUGCAAUCAAAAAUUGCGAAAAAUUGAGGAGAGCGUGAGAACUAUCUACGAUAACUACGGUGCGUUGCCUCUUGAGUUUGGCGAGAAAUUCGUACGUUUCCGAUUUCCGAAUUUAACGAUGUUGGAGGCUGAGGUCUUGAUGCGAGACCUGGGUCUGACGCUGGGCUUAGUUCUUCCCGAGAGGUAUGAUACCAAUUGCUCGACUGAAGAGCCGCUGGACGACUUAUCUACAGCUUUUUGUGACGCUGGUGGGCAUUGUUCGGAAUAUUCAUCUGUCCUCUCGUCUUCGUCUCCGUCAGAAACGCACUUUUCAGAAUUCUCGAUUCUGUCCUCUCAGGCUUGA